AAAAAACCAGAGAGAGACAGACACAUUGAGAGAAGAAAACAAUGAUUACCUUUCUCUAGCACAAGAAGAAGAUCAUCAAAUCAAAAACACUAAAACAAUUCCUUGAAACCCAAAAUCCCAUCCUCAAAAAUUUUCACCCUUCUCACCAAUGAUCUCUUCAUAGUUUGAUAACACACACACACACACACACCAAAUCUUGCUAUUUCAUAUCUCAUUUCUCAUCCCAAUAUCAACCUUAAAAUCCAUAGACAAUGGCUAGUUCCACUUCUUCCAUCAUGGACACACUCUUCCAACGCACCAUAGAGGACCUAAUCAAGGGCCUCCGCCUCCAACUCAUCGGCGAGUCCGCUUUCAUCUCCAAAGCCCUCGACGAGAUCCGCCGCGAGAUCAAAUCCAUAGACCCACACACCAAAUCCAACGCACUCCAAAAGCUCUCCUACCUCUCUUCUCUCCACCACUUCGACAUGUCGUGGGCUGCUUUCCAUGUCGUCGAAGUCAUGUCUUCCUCUCGCUUUUCCCACAAGAAAAUCGGUUACCAUGCUGCUUCUCUCUCCUUCAGCGACUCCACGCCUGUGCUCCUCUUGAUCACCAAUCAGCUUCGCAAAGAUUUGACCAACCCAAACAACGAGUUUGAGGUAAGUCUUGCUCUCGAAUGCCUCUCUAGAAUUGCCACUACUGAUCUUUGUAGAGACUUAACUCCUGAGAUUUUCACCCUUUUGUCGAGUACUAAGAUUUUCGUGAGAAAGAAAGCGAUUGCGCUUGUUUUGAGGGUUUUCGAGAAAUACCCAGAUGCUGUAAAGGUCUGUUUUAAGCGUUUGGUUGAGAAUUUAGAUAGUACCGAUCCUCACAUUGUGUCUGCGGUUGUUGGGGUCUUUUGUGAACUCACUUCUAAUGACCCCAAAUCGUAUCUUCCAUUGGCGCCCGAGUUUUAUAGAAUUUUAGUUGAUUCUAAGAACAAUUGGGUGUUGAUUAAGAUGUUGAAGAUUUUCACCAAGUUGGUGCUGUUGGAGCCAAGGUUGGCGAAGCGGGUUGUUGAGCCGGUUUGUGAGCAUAUGAGGAGGACUGGAGCUAAGUCGUUGAUGUUUGAGUGUGUUAGGACUGUGGUGAGUAGUUUGAGUGAGCAUGAACAAGCGGUGAAGCUUGCGGUUGUGAAGAUUCGGGAGUUGUUGCUUGAUGAUGAUCCGAAUCUUAGGUAUCUUGGAUUGAAUGCACUUUCGAUUGUUGCUCCGAAGCACUUGUGGGCUGUGUUGGAGAAUAAGGAGGUAGUAAUUAAGUGGUUGAGUGAUGAGGAUCCUAAUAUCAAGCGUGAGUCCUUGCGUCUUGUGAUGGCAAUGGUUUCUGAGAAUAAUGUGGUUGAAAUUUGCAGGGUUUUGGUGAAUUAUGCUUUAAAAUCUGAUCCAGAGUUUUGUAAUGAGAUUCUGGGGUCCAUUUUGUCGACAUGUUCUAGAAAUUUGUAUGAGAUAGUUAAUGAUUUUGAUUGGUAUGUGUCACUUCUUGGAGAAAUGUCGAGGAUUCUACAUUGCCAACAGGGGGAUGAAAUUGAGAAUCAGCUAAUUGAUAUCAGUAUGAGGGUCAGGGAUGUUAGACCAGAGCUUGUUCGGGUUGGUCGUGAUCUGCUAAUUGAUCCUGCAUUACUUAGUAACCAUUUCUUGUAUAGGAUAUUAUCUGCUGCUGCUUGGGUGUCAGGGGAGUAUGUUGAGUUCUCAAGGAAUCCGUUUGAACUUAUAGAGGCACUGUUACAACCUCGUACGAAUCUCUUGCCACCAUCAAUAAGGGCAAUAUAUAUCCAGUCUGCUUUUAAAGUAUUAAUCUUUUGUUUACAUUCUUACCUCUUACAAAGGGAAAGUACUGCUUCCUCAUAUCCUGAUACUUCGGCACUUUCUGAAUUAGCCUCUAAGAGGGAAAUGCCUGAGGGUUCUGAUUUGGCAACAUUUAAAGCUCCUUCUCACAGUGAACAGGAUGAAGUGUUCAACCCAAGGGUUUCAAAUCAAUCAUCUGAAGAGCUUUCUGUAGGAAAUGGUGGGGAUAGAACUAUUAGUCAUGGUCAGACAUCUACACCUGUUACUUCAGAGAACAGUUUCACAUAUGAAGCUGUUGUCAACCAAUUAAAUCUAAUAGAGUUGGCUCUGGGCCCACUUACAGGAAGCCAUGAUGUAGAAAUACUGGAGAGAGUGAGGAAUCUAUUAUGUUUCAUUGAGUUGAUUAAGGGAGAAAUCCUUGAGAGCUUAGUGCAGAAGGAAGAAAACUUGAAUAGUGCAGAGAUGAAAUCUUCCAAAAUCAUCAAACUGAUGAGUGAUGCCUUUUCGGAGGAGCUUGGUCCAGUCUCAGUUAGUGCUCAGGAAAGAGUUCCUAUACCAGAAGGAUUAGCGCUUAAGGAGAAUCUUAAUGAUUUGGACAUGAUCUGUGGUGAUAUUCAACUACCUUCAUCAAUUUCAUUUUCUCUGGUAAGUACUCAUUAUGAGGAGGGGGUUGGUGCUUCUCUCCCUGACCUCCAAAGCAAAGAAGAAUUGGAACCACCAAGUGAGGCCACGUCUCUACUUGCAGAACACCGUAAGCGGCAUGGGUUAUACUAUCUUACUUCAGAGAAAAAUGACAUUGUAGGAAAUGAUUAUCCACCUGCCAAUGACCCCAAGUUGCAGGAUAAUCAGAAUAAUGACACUGAAGAUCUAGUUAAGCUUACUGAGCAAUUACUUGUGUCAAAGAAAAGGCCAAACCAGGCAAAGCCUAGGCCUGUAGUGGUGAAAUUGGAUGGAGAUGUUGUACCUGUUUCAGCCAAGAGGCCAGGUCCAAAGGAUGAAUCGCUAUCUGGUGCAGUGCAGGAAGUUCUUUUGGGAAGUGACACAAAAACCUCUACAUCACGAAGUAAUCCCUCUGAUAAGUCAUCAAGUAAGAGAAAAGGCAAGGAAAAGCUAAUCACUGAUCCUUCUUCCGAACUGAAUGAAAAUUUGGGUGAUGCAGAAAAGCUUGACCAUGAAAAUCCAAGUUCAAGAAGAAGUAAACACCGUACUCAUGGUAAAGAGAGAAGACAUAAGAGUCCUGGGAAGAUUAGGGAGGAAAGGGAAGAAAAUGGUCAGAAAGAGAAGAAAAAGAGUAGUCAUCGCCAUGCUAGGCACAAAACUCGACAAAGAGCUGAUGUGCCCUUGAAUGUGGUUUCAGAAACACCAGUAAUUCCAGAUUUUCUUUUGUAGCAUUAAUGACCUGGAAUCAUUAUUUGCCAUCAGCUGUCACUCAACUUUUUUCUCCCUCAUAGUCCACCACUUUGAUUGAUGAGGUCAGUUCUGUUGUAGAUUUUACACAUUUUUUUUUUUUGGUGAGGGUUUGCCUUAUAUUUUUUGGAUGAGGGUUUGCCUUAUUUUCCAAUGUUACACAAAGUGAAUUUCUUCAAAGUAAAAUUUCAAAUUUAAAAUCA